AUGUUCCAGGUUCAAAAGUUCGAGUGGACCUAUCUGCUUCUGAAAUUAUGAAAUUGGCAGAAAGCAUAAUUAAAAAAUCGAAACAGGUUCAUGAUGCUGUUGCUUCGAUUCCACUUGACAAGCUUGAGCUCACAAGCAAAGUAUGAAAUUCAACAUGGUAUCAGAGCAGUGAUAACUGGAAUUACACGCUCAAACAAACAAAUUCUUCAAAUUGCGAUUCAAAAUGGCUGGAAAUUCAGGAAUAGCACCAGCUGAAGAUCGACAGACUCAGGUAGUUACUGAGAAAAUCAAUAACACACAUCUGUUGUUUGUUCACCCGUCAGAUACUCCAGGAUUGGUGUUGAUUCCCACGAAAUUGACUGAAUCUGAAAAUUACGGGUUAUGGAGACGAUCUAUGACAAUAGCUUUGCAAGCUAAAAGGAAACUAGGAUUUGUUAACGGGACCUGUAGGAAGGAGCAAUUUGGUACUGAUCUACAUGAAGAUUGGGAGACUUGUAAUGCGAUCGUUUUAUCCUGGAUUAUGAACACAGUUUAUGCGCAUCUUCUCAGUAGGAUUGUGUAUUCGUCAAAUGCACAUCUUGUAUGGGAGGAUCUGAAGGAAAGGUUCGAUAAAGUCAACAGAAUUCGAAUUUUUCAGUUACAUCAAGAGAUCGCGAUGAUAUCGCAAGGGACUGAUUCUAUAGCUAAAUAUUUUACAAAGUUGAGAGAAGUUUGGGCUGAAUAUGAUGAUCUGGUUCCUACACCUGGUGUAAUUGCGUGAAAUCUAGGGAUUACAUUGAACAUCUUCAGGGCCUGAGACUACUUCAAUUUCUCAGUGGUUUGAAGGAUUCUUAUGAGCAAGUACGCAAACAAUUACUGCUCAAAACUGUUGAACCAUCAUUAAAUCAAGCGUAUGCCAUGAUUAGUGAGGAUGAGAGUCAGAGAUCAUGUCCUUUUCCAGCUAUUGGGGGAAAUAGUGAACAUCUUGCUAUGCAAAUCAACAGAGGACAACCAUACAGAGGUAAAAAGCCUUUUAUCAAGUGCGAUCAUUGUGGACGAGGAGGACAUGUAAAAGGAAAUUGCUAUUGGUUAGUUGGUCGUCCAGAGGAGCAAAAGGGGACUCAUGAUGAUAGGAACAAAAAGCCAUGUAACUCACAAUUCCAGAAACAAAAGAAUUUUAAUGCAAAUAAUGUUGUAAGUGGUGAUUAGAGACACUGUGCAACUGAAAAUGAAGGGAGUUGCUCAAUGAAGAAUGGAGCUAGUGAUAAAGUUUUCACAGAUGAACAAUACAAACAAUUGCAGCAGUUAUAUGGGAGAAAUGGUCCUUUCUUUUCAGAUGAACUGUACAAGCAAAUUCAAGGAAUGAUGAAUGAGAAGAAGGAACACACAAAUCAACACAAUCUGGCAGGUUGGCUAUGUAAAUGUGAUAUUGCCAUUAGCAGAGUUGGAGGCACAGCAGUUCCCAUUGAUCCAAUCAUGUGUCUUUCCUAAAUGGUUAUCAGCUUCUGAGGAUGUACGCAAAGCUAGUGCUGAAACAGAGAGGAAAAUAGAUGCUCACAUUACAAUGUGCAGGAAGCGCGAGGAUGUGUACAGAGUUGUCAAAGCUUUGACAGUAACAGGGGACGGAUGGACUACUGAUGCUAAAAGCUUUACUCGGUUCCUGGUUCGAGAAUUUGAAAGGAAUGGUGUGAAUCUGACCUUAUCUAAGAAAGAGGAGUUGCAGCGUUUAACAGCAAAUAUAGACGAGCUAAGCAUGCAAUACAUUCGUAAUCUGGAUGAUGAUUGUAGUUUUCUACUUUUCACUGACAUGGAGCUAGAAGGGUUACCCCAGGAGUUUCUCAAGAGCUUAGAAAGAUCUGAAGAUGGUAAAAGAAAAAUCAUUAUGAGAAGCCAUCAAAUUUCACCAGUUCUGGAGCUCUGCAAGGUGGGAUCAACCAGAAGAGCUGUUGCUAUUUCUUAUGGGCACAGAUGUGAAGCCAAUGUUACUAUCCUUGAACAGCUGAUUCAGCUGCGUCACAAACUUGCUAGAUUGCUUGGCUUUGCAAAUUAUGCUGACUAUGCCACUGAUGAUAGAAUGGCAAAGUCUUCCUCUAAGGUGUUUGAAUUUCUGGAGAAUCUCUCUGCCAGCUUAAAUGAUUUAGCCUACAGGGAACUUUCAAUGCUUAAAGCAUUAAAGAAGAAAGAGGAAGGUGAAUCUCCUUUUGGCAUGGAGGAUCUCUCAUACUACGUCAAAAGAAUCAAAGAUCAACAAUUCCAUAUAAAUUUUGGAGUAAUUAGACAAUACUUUCCUAUCAAUUUGGUUUUAUCAGGCAUCUUCAAAAUAUGCCAAGAUUUAUUUGGCUUAGGUUUCAAGGAAGUUGAAGGUGCUGCGGUUUGGCAUCCAGAUGUUCAACUUUUUUCAGUUUCGGAUCUUAGUUCUAAAGAACUUGUUGGUUAUUUUUAUCUAGAUCUGUACUCCAGAGUAGGCAAAUAUGCUCACACCUGUGUCGUAGCUCUUCAGAAUGGCUUAUUAAGUAAUGGUUCUAGACAGAUUCCAGUGGCGCUACUUGUUUCUCAAUUUGAAAAGGAAGUUGAUGGUCACCCUGGGUUAUUGCAAUUCUCGGAAGUGGUUAAUCUUUUUCAUGAAUUUGGUCAUGUGGUACAUCACAUUUGCAACUGUGCAUCAUUUUCCAAAUUAUCAGGGCUGCGUCUGGAUCCUGAUUUUGUGGAGAUCCCUGCCCUUUUGAUGGAGAAUUGGUGCUAUGAAAACCUCUCCUUGAGACUGAUCUCAGGCUUUCAUCAGGAUAUCACAAAGCCCAUUAAGGAUGAUCUUUGUAAAUCACUUAAGAGAUGGCGAUGCUCCUUCUCAGCACUGAAAUUGAAACAGGAAAUCUUUUAUUGUCUAUUCGAUCAAAUUAUUCAUUCAACUGAGAAUGUUGAUAUUAAUGGGCUGUUCAAGCAUCUCUACCCGAAGGUUAUGGUAGGAUUACCGCUUCUAAGAGGAAUAAACCCAGCUUCAUGUUUUCCACGAACUGCUAUUGGCUAUGAGGCCACUUGCUACAGUCACAUCUGGAGUGAGGUCUUUGCUGCUGAUAUAUUUGCCUCGAAGUUUCAUGAUGAUAUUUUCAACCUGCAAACAGGCUUGCAGUUUAGGAAUAAGGUGUUGGCUCCAGGAAGAGGAAAAGACCCCCUUGAAAUGUUGUCAGAUUUUCUUGGGAGGGAACCAUCAAUGCAAGCUUUUCUUGACAAGAGAGCUGAUAUAUAUUAGAGCUUUGUUUCACUUUUAAUAGCAGGGUGAUUUUUUCUGCCCCAUCCUGUAUAGUUGUAGAAGCUGGCAAGAAUAUACUGUUUCUCAUCAUGAUGGAUAAUACUCUCUAGGAGAAGACACAAAAAAGACCAGAAAUGUGUAAUGUGGUUAACCUUGCUAAUGUAAUGUUAUUGUCCCUACUUUUUGUAUCAAAUUUUUGAACGGUCCAUAAGUACAACAAAAAUCAUCAUUUAGUCUGAAAAAA